GAUUAAUUACCUCGUGGGAGCUCCAAUGCCAGGCAGCAUUAUGAGAAAAGUCCGUAUAAACGCGAGGCCGACAUGAUAACAUUCCCCGGUAGAGUGGGGUUCUAGUGUACGUAUAUAUUCGUUAGUAUACCAUUUAGAUUCAAAGUCACCAUAAAUUCCCUCGACUACUUCGAACUCUAGAUCUAUCAACAAAAUGGCGUCUCCAACCUUCCCAACAAAAACUCACACCACAACCCGCUCCUUCACCUACUCAUACAUCCACAUUGAACCCUCCACCCCUUCAAAACCGUAUAUACUCUUCCUCCAUGGCUUUCCAUCAUCCUCUCACGACUGGCGCCAUCAAAUCACCUACCUCUCCUCCAAAGGUUACGGAAUCAUCGCUCCCGACCUUCUAGGAUAUGGAGGCACCUCCAAACCCCUCUCAAUCGAAUCCUACAAAUUCAAAGACAUGGCUUCUGAUUUACAUGAAAUCAUCUCCUUACACUCCAUUUCUGCAUCACACAAAGUGCUAGGUGUAGGACAUGAUUGGGGAAGUUCCAUGCUCUCACGAAUGGUAAAUUAUUAUCCGGAACUGUUUGAGAAAUUAGUGUUCUUAGACAUUGGAUAUCAGGCACCUGGUGGACCGGGAUUUAAUUCCGACUUGGUGAAAAUGAUUAAUGCGCAAAUUAAAGAAAUGGCUGGAUAUGAAGUUUUUGGAUAUUUUUUGUUCAUGGAUGAGGAGGAUAGUGCGGAGUUGUUAGAUAAGAAUGUAUGGUUUCUAGAUUUCCGGGUCCGGUCGUGAUGAAGAUGAGAUGCUAAUACAAUAUCGACAUAGCCCGAAUCCAUCAUGUCAUUGUUUUACAGCCUAAACAGCGACCUAGGGAAGAAAAACAUGGGAGCAACAGGAGGUUUUCGUAAUUGGCUUGAAGGGAGUAUGAUAGCUCCUUACCCGGAUUUUGUUAAAGACGAGGUGAGUAAUUAUUUCCAAAUCAUGAUAUGGGGAUUAAAGACAUAUGAGUACUGACAGGCUAUGUCACAACUAGGACAUAGCAAGUUUUAAAGCCUUAUUCUCACCCCAGAACGGAGGAUUUGGUGCUGCGAAAAAUUGGUAUACAGCACAACUACACGGCAUCAAUGUAGCCGAUGACCAAGGUACUCCCCUAUUUUUCCUCAUUUCCUUCCCCUAACUCUCAAUGCAUUCAUAAUCCUACAACAAAACUAACCACUUCCCGCAGCCAUCCCCAAAGAAAAAGCUAUUCUCCACCAACCAACCCUCCUCGUGACAUCUACCAAUUACGCUAGCUCAAGCGCGAAUUUUGCUUCGCAAAUGAAACCGUAUGUAUCGAAUCUGAGGGUUGAGAAUUGGGAAGCUGGUCAUUGGAUUCAACUUGAGAAGAGUGACGAGACGAAUGUGUUGUUGGAGGAGUUUUUUGAGGGUUGAUGGGUAGGAUGGAAGGGGUAUUUGUGUUUCGUUGUAUGACGUGAUGAUAUGUGGCUCUGGUUUUGGUUUUGGCCAUAAGGGGAAGCGUUUGGAUUUCGGGUAUGUCGCCGAGUUUUUAUUCAGGCUAGAUGUGUCUAUGUAUGGAGAUAAUAGCCAACUCAAAAUGUCGUGAUAUCGUUUCUCGGCAUCAAGUCCUUGACAGAGCAGACCAUUUGAAUCCUGGGUAUAAUUUCGAGAUGGCAUUAUCUCGAGAUGAGACAAGAUCAGUUCUCGUAUCUGCUUCUAGCUUACAACCACCAGAACUCACCCCUAAAUAUAUUCCACUGCCACUUUGUUCCUUUUCCCGCACUUCCUACUUGAAGCGCCAUUCAAGGAUGGUAAUAGGUUUCAUGUCGUACUUCAUCCGCAUCAGCUUUCCCAUCCCUCAUCUCCGUAUUCUUAAAUAAUUCCUGCAGCGGACUCAACGGCAACAGCCAUUCCACUUCUACUUCUUCGUCAU